GACAGACGACUUGCUGGGCCGCUUUGAAAGCCAUGGCGGCCUCGGCCGGUUUCGUCGUCGUGCGCAGCAUCAAUGGGGAAGAGAUCUUGGGACCUCUGGAGACCGAAGGCGUCACUGCCCUGAAAAUGCAGCUGAAGUCUCUUCCUGCGUGGUCUGAAGGCGACAUUUCGCUGAUGACUUCAGAGGGUGAGAUUUUGACUGCUGCGUCACCGCUCGCAGGCGGCACCGCUGCCGAGCCACUGAUCCUCACCGCGGUGCUGUCGGAGCAGACGUGGCAAGCCAUGGUCUGGGGAGUCUCCCUGGAGAUGAAGGGCUACAGGGACCUGGCCGACGAUCUCACCGGGGGCCUCACGGCCCUGGUGGCCGGCCAGGCCGGCUUCGCAGGCAUCAAGCGCGGCGGCCGGGCCAUCUUCUGGCGCAGCGGCGACAGCGACGAUGAGGAGCUUGCGGACGCAGUGCCGGCGCCGCACAGCGAGCUCUCCGAGGGCGUCCAAAAGGUCUACGUCAACGAUGAAGCCUUUGCAGCCAUCAAGGAGGGUGGGCAGGUGUUGGCCUGGGGGUCCCGCUCCGGCGGAGGCUUCAUCUCGGAGGACGUGGCAGAACAGUUGCCACUUGGACCAGCAGAUGCACUGAUCGUCAGUAGUACAGGAUCUCCCCGUGACCAUGCCAGGAAUCUGUUGGUAGCUGGCUUUGGCGUGGCCGGCCGUGCGUGGCCCAGUGCUGCGUGUGGGAACAUCCCGCGCGUGGCCUGGAUGUCUGCGUGCGGCCGUGCUGCGGCCGGGGUGACUCUGGCGCGUCGGGCCGUGUGCGGCCUAAAGAGAUGUGGGGAUGCGUCUGUGUGUGUGACCCGAUGUCUACACGCGGCCGUGCUGCGCCGAAGCUGGCUUUGGCGUGGCCGGCCGUGCGUGGCCCAGUGCUGCGUGUGGGAACAUCCCGCGCGUGGCCUGGAUGUCUGCGUGCGGCCGUGCUGCGGCCGGGGUGACUCUGGCGCGUCGGGCCGUGUGCGGCCUAAAGAGAUGUGGGGAUGCGUCUGUGUGUGUGACCCGAUGUCUACACGCGGCCGUGCUGCGCCGAAGCUGGCUUUGGCGUGGCCGGCCGUGCGUGGCCCAGUGCUGCGUGUGGGAACAUCCCGCGCGUGGCCUGGAUGUCUGCGUGCGGCCGUGCUGCGUCCGGGCUGA